AUGAAGCUGCUGCCCUGCCUGGCCCUGGAACUGGUCCUGGUGCUAGUGCUGGCCCUGGUGCUGGCCACAGAGCUCCAGCCACAGGAGCACUCAUUCAAGGAGUCCCACAGCCUUAACUGGGGCAAGUUCUCAGGGUUCUGGUACAUUCUUGCUGUCGCCACUGACGCCCAGGGCUUCCUGCCGGCCAGAGACAAGAGGAAGCUGGGGGCAGCUGUGGUGAAGGUGCACAGGGCAGGCCAGCUGCAGGUGGCCAUCGCCUUUAGCCGGUCUCGGGGCUGCCAGUCCCAGGAGGUGACCCUGAGGAAGGACAAGAAGAAGGCUGUGUUCAGGAACACCUUGAAGGGUGUGAUGGGCUUCCACGUGCUGUCCACCGACUACAGCUAUGGCCUGGUGUACCUCCACCUGGGGCGCGCAGGUCACACCUACAAGAACCUGCUGCUCUUCCACAGACAUCGUGUCCCCAGCUUCCUGAACCUGAGAGAGUUCAUGGAUGUCAGCACCUCACUGGAGCUCAGCAGAGAGGCGGCCGUGCUCCCCAAGGACGCCUCCUGUGCACACACCCUCCUGCCCUGA